AUGAAGAUUCUGACAGUGAACUUCCUGACCUGUGCCGUCAAAGCAUGCAAGACUUCUUCCCUUUCCUUUCCCCUCCAUUUUAAAGACGCGGAGCUCGAGCAGUCGGACAUUGAGUACAAUGCUUCAUUUCUACGGAACAUCCUUCCUAGGAUAGACUGGGAAGCGUUCAAAAUUACUGCUAACGAGCUCGGCUUCACUACCGUUCCCAGUGAAAAGCCAACAAUCUCCGCUCCCACGACGGAUCUUUCAACUCCUGACAUCGUCAACACGACCUCCCAUACGGAAGUUUCCCACGACAAGGUAAUGCGAGACCUGCACACCCUUCUCCUCGAGACCGAAGUUCGCGAGGGUAAGAUGGUAUGCGGCAAUUGUGGGCAUGAGUACAGGAUAAAGGAGGGGAUUGCCAAUUUUCUGUUGCCCAGUCAUCUUGGUGAGCUGUCUCCGUUCAUACUUGUGAUUUUUACUCUACAUUUACGGCUUGAUCUGCAAGAAUCUGCUUCUUGUCUUCUAAGCAGUCAAGCCAAUCUAUGGAAAGGGUCUUGGCUCAUCGGUUGUAGUCUGACCGAGCAUGGACCAUCCGAAGGAUAUUCGGUGAAAGUGCAUGUCUGGAGAAGGCCGCAGAUGGAACAUUGA